UUAAAAACAAUCUAAACAUAAGAAAAUAGGGCUUGAGCAUGCAACUUUGACCAUUAUAAUAGCUAUUCAUCCGAAUUAAUCAGAGAUAGUCUAUAUAAGAGAAGGGGCAGACUCUCUAGUCAGUUGUAGGAAGACCUGGUUGAUAGGCGUUUGGGGAGUAUUGGAAUUGGAAGAAAAUGGGAAUGGCAACACGGACCCUCCUGCUGCUUCUUUGCUUUGCACUAACUCAGGCCAAGAAAGAGAAUCCGGAAGAACUCUCACACAAGGUUUACUUUGAUGUGGAGAUUGGUGGAAAACCUGCUGGUCGAAUUGUUAUGGGACUAUUUGGGAAAACUGUACCCAAAACUGUAGAGAACUUUCGAGCACUUUGUACAGGUGAAAAAGGUGUGGGAGAAAGUGGAAAGCCACUCCAUUACAAGGGAAGCCAUUUCCACAGGGUCAUACCUAGCUUUAUGAUACAAGGUGGGGAUUUCACUCUUGGAGAUGGAAGAGGCGGAGAGUCCAUCUAUGGAACUAAAUUUGCUGAUGAGAACUUCAAAUUGAAGCAUACAGGACCAGGUUAUCUCUCCAUGGCAAAUGCUGGCCCAGACACUAAUGGUUCUCAGUUUUUUAUUACCACAGUAACAACAAGCUGGUUGGAUGGCAGACAUGUUGUAUUUGGCAAAGUUAUUUCUGGAAUGGAUGUCGUUUAUAAAGUUGAAGCUGAAGGAAGGCAGAGCGGUAAACCAAAACACGCAAUAAAGAUUGCAGAUAGUGGAGAGUUGCCUCUUUGAAUUUUUUUUUGAAGGGCAAAGAAAUAGAUACCUUAAAAUUAAUCUAUGUUGAAUUUCUGGCAAAAGGAUUGAUUGUGGAAUAUCAUACAAUUGAUUCCGACAUACCAUGAUCCUGUUUUAUCCAAAAACUGGGUCAGCGUAAAAACAUAUCAUGCUUGAAUUUUGAGUUAGAUUUCUUUUUAUAAAUUGAAUUUUUAGUUCUCUGAUAUGCCAGGUUCUUAUUAAUAAGGACCAUAUAAAUUGGUUUAUUAAGAUAUGAUAGGCUUUUCAAAUUUUCAGUGGCA